AAUGUAAGAGUACUAAAAAUGAAACACCAGUAAGAGUAGAUAUUAAAUCACAAUUAGGGUUGAUCUCAGGAGCUACUGAUUCCAAAAGUUUGAAAACAAAAAAUCCCCAAGAAGAAGGUCAAAAUCAAGCUGAUGUACAAAAAUCAAAGCCAGAAAAUGUAAUUUCACAACCACGAAUUAGCAUAAUGCCUUCUGGUAGUUCUGUUGAAACUCAUGAUAAAGCCUCUCAAGAAAUGUUUGAUCAUCAUUCUACAACCUCUGGAGUGUUAGAAACUCAGAAACAACAGUUAAAUGCUUUGGUCAAUUCUGGAAUUAGUGAACUGGGUAGUUCUCCAAGCGAUCCUUUUUCAGAAUGUCUAUGUGGAAAAGAUUCUAUUUUAACAUGUACUUCAACGGGAAAAAAUUUAGGUACAAAAGAUAUUCAGACUAAUCAACAUAGUGGUAAUCCUUUAGAUACUAAUCAUCCUGGAUUUCAGGAUUCAGUUAGUAAAAUCCAUGCAGAGGUAACUAGUGGUGAUAAGUAUAUUAUUAAAGGAACAGCUCAUAAUUUAUCUCCUAAUCAAAGUACUCCUGGUUCUGUACAACGUGCUAAUGAAGAUCCUCUUCCUACAGCUACUGAUAGAGGAAGCACUGAUUCAGUAGCUUCACAUCCUGAAAAUACUGGUAGUGAGGAAUUUAGUAGUGCAUCCCUCGCCAGUGCUCCUUCUAGUGAUGCAUGUACUAAUGGUGUAACUUAUGUUAAUAUAUCCAGUGAUUAUAAAACUGCUGAUGGAGAAAGUAAAAGUGUUAAAGAUUAUCAUGGUGAUCCACUUGGUAGUGAAGAUUCAUGUAUUGCAACUACUUGUAAUGCAACACAAAAUACUGAAAUAACUUCUAAUAAUAAUAAUGAUAUAUUGGGUACUCUUAGUUAUACAUUCAACGCAAUGCAACAAAAUAAGGAUAAUAUGAUAAAGGCUUCAAUACCCAUUGGUGUUAUUCUGUUCCUGACCAUUCUUUUAAAGU